CAAACUAAGCGAGUAGAGUUGAUGUAGUAAUCGAGCGAGUGGGGGUACAAUGGCGCCGGUUCUCAUUGGUGGAAGCCGUUUAGUGAGCUGUAUAAAACUAGAUCCCAAAACGACCACACCUCUCUCCAUUUCUCACCUCUCCACUCACUCAACUCAACUCGCUCUUCAAAUUUUCGUUUUCUUCCUCUUCUUCUUCUUCGUUUUUAGGGUCUUACCAGGGUUUUAUAUGAUCGAAUUUUAAAUAUUUUUUUUAAUUUAAAAUUGCUUAAUUUUUCUUUGUUCAAUUCUCAAUUUCGAAUCACAUGUUUCGGUUCAAAAUUCAAAAACCCUAGUCAGCUCUCCGUUUUCUAGGGUUGUCGAUUUUUUCUGCAGUUUAAUUCCAAUUGUACUCUAUUCUUGUACGCUGAAGUUCGUUAAUUCUGGUAAGACUCUCGAAAUUCUGCUUUCUUUCUUUCGUUCUUCCCAUUUUUGGAUCUUUCGGCUUUCUUUCUUUCUUUCUUUCUCUGUCUCUGUGCUUCGUAUAUACCCAGAACAGGGAUUUUAUUUAUUGCAACGGGAAGAUUUUGAAUUUUCCUGUUCUUUGGCUUGGGAAGACACCUGGGUCGGUGGACAUUUUCGACUCUUUCAACUGCUCUAGAUCUUACUGUAUUUGUUGGUUUGGAUAUUCAAAGUGGGGGAUUUUAGAUUCUUGUACUUUCUGUUUGCGAAUUAGUCAACUCGAGCUGAAUUACUAGAAGGAUACCUGGGUCAGUGGAGAUUUUGGGUUUCAUGAGCUGUGUUAUGAUACAUUGCGAAGAGCUCGAGUAAAUGGGUUUAAUUAUGUUGGCCCAAGAAAAAGAUGAAUGAUAUGAAGGAUUUGAAUAUGAACCAUGGAGAUGUGGAUGGUACGAGAGUGAAUGAACAAGGAGGAGCUGCGCCAAGAAGACCUGGAGCUGACGAUUUCGGCCGUGCGGUAUCUAAGAUUGUAGUUGCUCAGAUAUGUGAAAACGUGGGGUUUCAGAGCUCCAAGGAGUCUGCUUUGGAUGCUCUUGCUGAUAUAGCUAUCAGAUACCUAUGUGACUUGGGAAAGAUGGCGUACUUUUAUGCUAACUUAACUGGAAGAACAGAGUGCAAUGUGUUUGAUAUUAUUAGAGCUCUGGAAGUUUUGGAAGCAUCACAAGGUUUUGUAGGGGCUUCGGAUGUUAGCCAUUGUUUAGCAAGUUCAGGAGUGGUAAAGGACAUUGCUGAUUAUGUGAGCUCAGCUGAGGAGAUUCCUUUUGCUCGGCCGGUGCCACGGUUUCCGGUGCUGAAGAAUCGGAGAUUAAUUCCAAGUUUUGCACAAAUGGGUGAGAACCCACCUGGCCAUCACAUACCAUCUUGGUUGCCUGCUUUCCCUGAUCCUCACACUUAUAUUCACACCCCCAUGUGGGAUGAGAAGAAUGCGGAUCCUCGUGCUCAUAAGAUUGAACAUGCUAGGCAGAGGAGAAAGGCUGAAAGGUCUUUGUUGAGUUUGCAGCAGCGUUUAGUCUGUAAUGGCUCCUUGGGCACUUCUGCUUCUCUCUCAUUACCUAGUGCUGAAAAUGGAUUGCAGCAGGUUGAAAGAAACCCUUUUCUUGAACCACCUAUGAAUUCAGGGGAGAUAGAUGUUUCUCCGGUUGUCUGUCCAGAGAAGCUUUCAGACAAGAAGGGAAACCAUCCUUCUGUUCUAGAGGCAUUUGCACCGGCCAUUGAAGCUGUAAAGAGUGGGUUUUCAGACGAUGGAGAAGAUGAGAGAAAAAUUCUUCCUGAUCCUAAUGUGAGGUCUGCUGUUCAUUUCAAGUUCAGAACGGCCAAGAAGUACUUUGGUGAAUCUUUGGAUUUGAACCUUCAGAAGAAGGGUGUUGGCAGACCUGCGUACUGGUUUGGGAGGGACGAUGAGAGGGAUGAUAAGAAGAGGAGGGCUGAGUAUAUUCUUAGGCAAUCUAUGGAAAAUCCACAGGAACUCAACCAAUUGUAGAUUAAUCUUGUUGAUUGGCUUUUUUCAUGGGCAUUCUGUUUCUUAGAAGUUGGUAUUAGAAUUGGGAUCUAGGAUGUCAUAAGUGGAUAUACUGUUAUCGAUAAUUCUGUAGUGCCUUACUUACUUGUAGUCCCAUUCUAACAAUUUUUUUUAGGUAAUGUGAAUUAAUUUUUCAACUCCAUUUGCGUUUUAAUCUGUGAACUAUCACUAUUUUGCAAAUUUGCAAUGAAGUUUAUGCUGCUUCCAUCCUUACAAAAA